UUCGGCUGGUGAUGCUUCGAAACACGUGGCGCUAGUGUUCUCCGUCCUAUAGUGUGACUUUGAUUGUCAAUCGUGGAUGUGGAAUGUUUUGUGUUGUGAGUGAAUGGUAGUUAUAGGAAUUGUUAAUUUCGUUUGUCAUGUGGUUAUGUGUGCGUAUCGUCAGAUAAUAAACUGUAGUGCUGUGAUAGUUUUCUGAAAAAAUACAACGGAGUGGAAUGGUUUCGGAGCAUUUGCGGUGUCUUGUCGAUUUGUGCGGUUGAGGCGAGCUCAGCACGAUGGGUAAGUUGCUAUCGAAGAUCUUCGGUAACAAGGAGAUGAGGAUAUUGAUGCUGGGCCUCGACGCUGCUGGAAAGACUACUAUUUUAUAUAAAUUAAAAUUAGGUCAGUCUGUCACAACGAUACCUACGGUCGGUUUCAACGUGGAAACUGUUACGUAUAAGAAUGUCAAAUUUAACGUGUGGGACGUCGGGGGGCAGGACAAAAUACGGCCGCUCUGGAGGCAUUAUUACACAGGCACUCAGGGUCUGAUAUUCGUAGUCGACUGCGCCGACCGAGAUCGCAUUGACGAGGCGCGGCAGGAGUUGCACCGGAUCAUAAACGACCGAGAGAUGCGCGACGCUAUUAUACUCAUAUUUGCCAAUAAGCAAGACUUGCCUGAUGCAAUGAAGCCGCACGAAAUCCAAGAGAAGCUCGGUUUGACUAGAAUUCGCGACCGUAACUGGUACGUGCAGCCGUCGUGUGCGACAUCCGGUGACGGUCUGUACGAGGGCCUCACGUGGCUCACCACCAACCACAAGUUAUGAGCUGCGGAGUAGGCGGCCGCUAGCCGCCUCCAGCACGCACGGUGAGGAUUUCGAUGCCAUUUAUAAUAAGUAAGCUGCGUCCGUGCUUGUCGGAUCUAGAAAUUUCCACGUGAACCAGUGUCGAUCGAUUGGACUUAACGCGAGUGGUGCACAGACUGUCGAGCAGUGAAACGACUAUGGACUAUUCAACGUUAGUUAGUCAUACAAGUGAACUAAUUGUCACACAAAUGAUAAAUCAAUUAUUCCAUUAUUUAAAUGAAAAUUAGAGCUUUGUUGUAUCGAAAUAUUUGAUUAUUAUUUUUUUAUGUUAUUUAAAAGGAAAUGAUUACGUAGAGUAAAUGAUUUUUUUUUUUAUUAAUAUUAUAAUUUAAACGUGUACCUCCAAUUUUGUUUGUAUGAUAGUAAGUUAGUUUCGGAGCUAAUACAUUAUAGUAAUCGAUUAAGAGUCGGCGAUCGAAGGAUGUUCUUAUACGAGUAUUUAUAAAGCAAUAAUGGAAGCACGCCUGCGUUUAUUUAGAAGAAUAUUGUACAGUAGCUUAUGGAAAUUGGUACGCAGUUUAUAUACAGUAGAUGAUGACUCGAGAUAGACUGAAAGUUUUCGCACUCAUAGUUUAAAUUUAUAACGAAAAUUUAAAGUAAAUUUAAAUUCUUUAAAAAGACAGCGCUAUAUAAAGUUAGGAUGUUUGAAACGUUCAUACUUUAAGGUGUAAUUCCAAUGAAUGAUUAUCUAUUUUGUUAUUCACAAUAUAAUUGCUUAAUAUAAUAAAAAUAAAACACUAACACUUUUUUGUUAUAGGUAAGAUAAAUAAAUAUAUUAAAUGAAAAAGUAAAUUUAAAUUACUUUAACAAAUAUUAUCAUUUCGAUUUUAGAUUGAAGAAAAAUUUAAUAAAAACUUUUUUAAAUCAAUUAUAAAUGUCAAAAAUGUUGCCAUUUACGGGCCUUGUAAUUUAUUUAAAUAAAUACAUAUUAUAUUUUCAACAGUUCUAAAUUGUUGGGAGAAGAGUCACAAAUGUUAAAAAAUUAAAUAAAAAUCACUAAUACAAGGGAUAUUAGCGAAUUGUGCAGUUUUUAGAAUACAGUAAUUGUUAUAUGAAUGAGCCAUUACGUGAAUAUUUCAAAUUGGAAUACACCCUUCAUAUUUAGGUAUAUAUUGCAUUCAUAAAAUGCUUCAACGAAAAGCCUAUUUCAAUAUUUUGUAAUUUUUUCAUAUAAUCCUAAAAAGUCAUUGAAGUGUCGCAAAAUAUUAUUUUUAUUAAAUAAUAUUUAUAUAAUGACAUUAAUUUUAUGAUUUUUCGAUCUUUGCUUUGAAAAUAUGCGAAUAUGUUAAUCCAGGAAUUGAUCGGUGUCCGCUGGUAGGCUUGUGUUUCAGCUUUAGGUGUUUUUAAUUCUAGAAUUACUCGGGACCAUCUUGGUUUAUGGAUGUCAAUGUUCUGUAGAGAAGACUUGUAAAGAGGAUUGAUUGCUAUCAAAUAGUUUAACGAAUUGACAAGUGAACAUGCGAUUCAUAUUAGAUACAAAAUAAUUAGUUAUAUUAUAUACAACUUUGAAGUAAAUAUUAAUAAUUUAGAAGCUUGUCAAUUAAUUUUUAUUACUAUAAUGUCUAUGGUCUGGUGUUACGGCCAAUAUUUUUGAAUCAUAUGUAAAUCACAAGUUUCCAUUUGUCAAAUCAUUUAACAGAAAGCUUAACAUUAAUACAACUAUAUUGCGCAAAAGGCACAUGUUAUGUAAAAUAACACAUCUCUCCAUUGUUUCUAUUUUGAUUAACAAAAUUAAGGGUUAUUGAUAUUCGUCCCUGUAGGACCAAACCACAGAUUAAACAUUAUUUCGCUUUCGAUUGAAUUGCCAUUUUAAGCGCAUUCGUUUAUCAAUACUUUUGCUGAGUUACAAUAUUUGAAACAAAAAAAAAAAAACUUCAAUUAAAAUUUUAGAACACCACCUAUUUUAUUGAAUAUAAAUUUAAUUAAAAAUAUUAAUUCGAAUGAAAUCAUCUGUAAGUGACGCGACAAGGAAGGAGAGUGAAGUAAUAUUAGUGGUAUGUAUCUGUGCCAAGUAUUUCUUAUGAAAAUUUUAGUAUGUUUUACAAUCCUCUUUAUAUUUCUUGAAAGCGUUGUCUUCACGCACACAGACACGUAUUUUUCCCACCUAAAAAUUGUUCAACUAUAAACAAUACUUCCAAGACAAUGAUACUUCUUUUAUUUUUAAUUUAGUAACAGAAUGAUCGAAGUGUAUAUGACAGGAGUGAAACCUUUUUGCGUCCAAUGCUACACUUACAAACUUGCAGAUAAAUUCGAUAGACUACAAUAUGUGCCCAAAGAAGUUUCACUUCAAAAUUAUUACACAACAAUAUGUUCUUAAUAUACUUUAAUUAAAAAUAUUUCAUUUCGUAUAGUUGCUUUAAAUCUUCAAUAGAUGAUGUUAAAGGUGAUAUCAGUACGCUUGUGUUAAAAUAAAUGGUUUCUUCAAAGAUAUAUUUCAAUAUAUUGCAGCCCAGAACGUAGAUUUAACGAUUAUGGUCAAAUUAGUCGUGUAUGUUUUGUGAAGAAAUUAUGACAAGAUUUGACCUUAGUUAGUCUGGACUGUGUAGUUGUUGACAACUAAAUUUCGAGUGCCAACGGUUGUUGCUAUCUGUCCACCAAGGUCAUCACUGUUGGACUAUGGCUGCCAACCGUACAGCAAGCUGUUUAUAAUACUUUGAAAAGUUUCUGUCAUCUGUCAUGUAUCAUGUAAAACUUUUUCAAGGUCAACGAAUGAUAUAUUCUAAUGUUGACAAUAAUGUGUGCCUCCUUAAAAAUAGUAUGUGAACCGUACUAGCUACACGCUCAUAAUUAUCGGCUAUAUAAAUUACUCCGUGAUAAAGGAGGAAGGAAAUCGUAGGUUUGUAUAAUGGUUUUUUGGUCUAUGAUUUGAAAGAACAUCAUGAAGUUUAUGAGAUUCCUAGAGAAAAUGAAAAACAUCAUGUUUAGUGUUAACCUAAUCUAAACAUAGCUCGUUGCGUGUAGCCGUACUCGUACGUACGCACAGGCCCUAGUUAACAUAUUUUGUUUCAUUAUAUUCGACAUUAAGAUAUUUAAUAUUAAUAUUGUUGUAUUGGAGAGACCAUUAAAUAAAUUAUUAUUUUAAGACCUAUUAUUUUUUACUUUAGUAUUUGUUACAGUUUCUUAUUUUUGUACUUCGAUAUUUUAUGUUAUUCCUUCAAAGAAAUUAGGUUUAAUGUAACUACAGAUGAUUCAUAAAAUUCCUUUCUAAAUGUAAUAAAUAUAUAUUUUUUGUAUGAAAACAAUGAUAAGUGUCUGGUUGUUUAUAAUUAUAAAUUGAUCUGGUAUAAGUUCAUUAUUGGUGAUUAUUUUGUAAGUUUUUUUUUUUGUUCUAAAAUAAUACGCCUUUAAUAAGGUUCUUCCAUUGAAUAGAAGUUAUUGUAACCAAGAUUUGUAAAAUCAAGAAGCUUUUAUACCCUAAAUCCUAUUUCGAAAUAGUUUAAGAAAAUGUUGUAAGGAAUGACUCGGGCGUAAGUUUUAGUUAAAUAAAAUUCACAACCCUAUGAAAUUAUUUGGAUGUAUUUAAUUUUUAGAUAUAUUAAAGUGCUAUAUUGUAGCACAGAACGAUGUGAAUUGUAGGAUUGUUUUCUUUUUUAAUCGUUUCAAUGGUAUUGCUUGGUUGUAAAUUAUCUCGAAAGGUAUGCGUCGUUGCGUUACAGUCUGCUGUAUAAUAUUGUAGAAAAGUUAUUCAAUAUAAAUUCACACUUAUAA